AUGAACGUCAAGACACUGCGGCUGCAGCUGAACAACGCGCUGACGAUGAUGAUGGUGAUCGCUAGUGCCUUUGCGAUCUGGAAAGGGCUCUCGGUGGCAACCGGGUCGUCGUCGCCGCUAGUGGUGGUGUUGUCCGGGUCGAUGGAGCCGGCGUUCCAGCGGGGAGACAUCUUGUUCCUCUGGAACAGAGAGGCACGGGUUGCGGUGGGCGACAUCGUGGUGUACAACGCGCCGCAGAGAGACAUCCCCAUAGUGCACCGGGUUGUGCGUGAACACGUUGUGGCGACACAGGGCGGGGACACGGACCAGUUCCUUCUCACGAAGGGCGACAACAACGAGCGGGACGACCUCCCGCUGUACGGGUACGGCAAGACGUACCUCCACCGCGGCCGGGACAUCGUGGGCAGCGUCAAGGGCUACCUGCCGAAGAUCGGGUACGUGACGAUCCUCAUCACGGAGAACGUGUACUUCAAGUACGCCAUGUUCGGCUUCCUCGCGGUCUCCGCCCUCUUCUCGCAGGAGUAG